AUGAUAACGAAACUGCAUUUUCAUUACCAUAGACUUGCGUACAUUAAUCCUUCUCAAUGUAUCCGCACAUCUUCUCGUUCCCUCCCCUCCCCAUAUACAGUUGUACCCAUCACUAUUCACUGUGUAACAGUAUCUGUAUUCAUGUCGGAUUCCUUUACCCACCGUUCCGCUUCUCUCUUUGUCGCCACAAACACAAAUAUAGAUAUUGAUUAGGUUCA